CCUGCUUAAGCCCCUGCAAAAUCUCUACACUUCACUUCUUCUCCAAAUGGCCCUGCUUCAUGUUCACACAAUCCCAACUUUCUCAUCAAUUUCUUCGUUCCACUCAUCAUCACCAUCAACCUCAGCUCACAUUUCACUUCCUCACUCUUCUUCCAUCAAAACCCUUCAACAAAACCACUCACUCUUUUCAUUUUCCUCCCCAAUUACAAAAGAUCGAAAUUUUUCUUUCUCAACACACCCCAGAAGGUUGCUUUGCAAACCCCCUCUUGGAAAAUAUGUCAGAGAAGACUAUCUCAAGAAGAAAACGGCUCAAGAGAUACAGGAGCUGGUAAAGGGGGAAAGAAAUGUACCGCUUAUUAUUGAUUUCUAUGCGACGUGGUGUGGACCCUGUAUUUUAAUGGCUCAAGAGCUUGAAAUGCUAGCAGUGGAGUAUGAAAGCAAUGCAAUGAUCGUCAAGGUUGAUACAGAUGAUGAAUAUGAAUUUGCACGUGACAUGCAGGUACGAGGGCUUCCAACUCUAUUUUUCAUCAGUCCAGAUCCGAACAAAGAUGCAAUCCGAACAGAAGGGCUUAUCCCAAUACAGAUGAUGAGGGACAUCAUUAACAAUGAGAUGUGAAGGCAUUGCAAGAAGAAUUAUUUGCUUCUUAGUUUUGUAUUUUGAAUUUUGUUGUAACAUUUUGUAGCAGUGGAGCAGAGCCAUCAAUUUUGUAGCUCAUUUGUGAAUAUUUGGAAUACUUGUGAUUAACUGUAUUUUUUUUUCUCUC